AUGGCAGCCAUGUUUAGAGAUGGUGUGAGCUCUAUGACUUUAUUGCAACAGCGUACUUAUCGUUUUCUGCAAUGGCUACGAUGUAGGCUCCGAGGCUUAACAAAAUCCCUGUCCAUUUUGCUCUCCGUUCUUUGGCUUCAUAAUACUUUGUCCAUCCGCAGCAACAUUCCACAGCUAAAGAAUGAUCGUUGCAUAAUGAAGCACAGCAUUCUGGGUGACAACCCAGCCCAAUCAGACUGGGUAAAGCCGAACAAGGGAAACAUUAUCCCGCGGAAGAUUUGGCAGAUUAUUCUAUCUAGAGACGGCACGAAAAACACUCCUGUGUCAUCUACCAAGUUGAAAGGGACAGCAAUGUGGUUAGCCUUAAACGUUGAUUAUACGUAUAUGCUCCUAGGCGAUACUGGAAGCGAGUAUUUUAUUGAGCGCUGCUUUACGUAUGACCCAAUAGUUCAAUCCACAUACAACUCCCUCCCGAACGUCGCAAUGAAGUCCGAUUUCCUCCGCUACUUACUUCUCUCUGUAGAAGGCGGAAUUUACGCAGAUACUGAUACCGUUGCCCUUAAAUCUAUUGAUCAGUGGGUGCCGUACCGUUUUCGUGGCCUCGCUAGGCUUGUUGUCGGUAUCGAGUUUGAUCAGGGUGAAGGGACCAUCUGGUCCGACAUGCUGCAUCCUCUACAGUUUUGUCAGUGGACAAUUGCUGCUGCUCCCGGCCACCCUGUUUUCCAGAAAAUGACAGCGCGUAUAGCUCGCUCGACAGCUGAAAUAGCAGAAGAAAAUAAGGUAAAAGGAAUCAAGUCAACUUGGAAACCUACCAGCUUAGAGGUCAUGAACUCAACGGGUCCGGCAGCAUGGACAGAUGUAGUCUGGGAAUAUCUACAAGAAGUUGACAAAGACUUAACAGAUAUAAGAAAUCUAUCUCACUUAGAGACACCAAGGCUGUAUGGAGACGUUUUAAUUCUGCCAAUUGAUGGAUUUGGAAUGGGCCAGCUACAUUCCGGCAGUACUAAUGAUGGUAGCAUUCCCGAUAGUGCGCUGGUGAAACAUCUAUUCGAAGGUUCUUGGAGAGAAGAUACCGCUAGAUUUAAGAUCUAA